GUUGAGGACUGAUCGUCGGGAUGGCGGACACCAUGGUGGAACCAGCACUGGUGAAAAACGACCAAGCUGUGGCCCUGCACGGUAACAGCGGCCCGCUCUGUGUGAUCACAGAGGGGGUGGCGGAGGUGUCUCUCGUCAUAGACCCUGACGUGGCCCAGAAAGCUUGUCAGGAAGUGUUGGAGAAGGUCAAGCUCAUGCAUGGCUCUUCUUUGGAGAGCCUGGACAAGGUGGGUGGCAGUGAUGAGGUAGACGGCGGGGAAGUUGCCGACGGAUGCUCCCCUGUCCCACCAGGGCCAUCGGCUCCUGCCGUCACCGGCUCAAAGAUCACCGAGGAAGAUGAGUCAUUGAUGGACGUUAAUAGUGUGAAAAACGCCCGGCGAAAGCAGAAGAACAAUUCUGCCAAACAGUCUUGGCUGUUGCGGCUGUUUGAGUGCAAGUUGUUUGACGUUUCCAUGGCCAUUUCGUACCUUUACAACUCCAAGGAGCCGGGCGUCCAGGCCUACAUCGGCAACCGCCUGUUCUAUUUCCGAAACGAUGACGUGGACUUCUACCUGCCGCAGCUACUCAACAUGUACAUUCACAUGGACGAGGACGUGGGAGACGCCAUCAAGCCGUACGUGGUCCACCGCUGUCGGCAGAGCAUCAACUUCUCGCUGCAAUGUGCUUGGCUCCUGGGGGCCUACUCCUCCGACAUGCACAUCUCCACUCAGCGGCACUCACGGGGCACUAAACUGCGCAAGCUUAUCCUCUCCGAUGAGCUUAAGCCGGCGCACAAAAAACGGGAACUGGCACCACUUAGCUUGGCCCCGGACACUGGCUUAUCUCCCUCCAAGAGGACUCAUCAGAGGUCCAAGUCGGACGCGACGGUCAGCAUCAGCCUCAGCAGCAACUUGAAGCGGACGGCCAGCAAUCCGAAGGUGGAGAACGAUGAAGAGGAGCUCUCGUCCAGUUCGGAAAGUCUCGAUAGGUCCUUCUCCUCCCCGGUCCGGCUCGCUCCAGAGCGAGAGUUCAUAAAGUCCCUGAUGGCCAUUGGGAAACGUCUGGCGACUCUCCCCACCAAGGAGCAGAAGACACAGAGGCUCAUCUCUGAACUGUCCUUGCUCAACCACAAGCUGCCGGCACGCGUAUGGCUACCCACCGCCAGCUUCGACCACCAUGUGGUUCGCGUCCCUCACACUCAGGCCGUCGUGUUGAAUUCCAAGGACAAGGCACCUUAUCUGAUCUACGUGGAAGUCCUGGAGUGUGAGAACUUCGAGACCUCUGUAGUACCCAUCCGGAUCCCGGAGAACAGGAUUCGCAGCACGCGCUCCGUGGAGAACCUGCCAGACUGUGGUAUGACCCACGAGCAGAGAGCCAGCAGCUUUACUACGGUCCCAAAUUACGAUAAUGACGACGAGGCCUGGUCUGUGGAUGACAUCGGAGAGCUACAGGUGGAGCUGCCUGAACUCCACACCAACAGCUGUGACAACAUUUCCCAAUUCUCUGUGGACAGCAUAACCAGCCAGGAGAGCAAGGAGCCGGUGUUCAUAGCUGCCGGCGACAUCCGGAGGCGUCUGUCGGAGCAGCUGGCGCAUACACCCACCACCUUCCGACGGGAUCCGGAAGACCCCUCUGCUGUAGCCCUAAAGGAGCCAUGGCAAGAGAAAGUCAGGAGGAUCAGAGAAGGCUCCCCGUACGGUCACUUUCCAAACUGGAGGCUCCUGUCAGUCAUCGUCAAAUGUGGGGACGACCUGCGCCAGGAGCUGCUGGCCUACCAGGUCCUCAAACAGCUGCAGUCCGUCUGGGAAAGCGAGCGCGUCCCGCUGUGGAUCCGGCCCUACAAGAUCCUGGUGAUUUCGGCGGACAGUGGGAUGAUCGAGCCGGUGGUAAAUACGGUGUCCAUACACCAGGUGAAGAAGCAGUCGCAGCUCUCCCUGCUGGAUUACUUCGUCCAGGAGCACGGCAGCUACACCACCGAGGCGUUCCUCACGGCGCAGCGCAACUUCGUGCAGAGCUGUGCCGGGUACUGCCUGGUCUGCUACCUGCUGCAGGUGAAGGACAGGCACAACGGGAACAUCCUGCUGGACUCCGAGGGGCACAUCAUACACAUAGACUUCGGCUUCAUCCUGUCCAGCUCCCCCCGGAACCUUGGCUUCGAGACGUCUGCCUUCAAGCUGACGUCUGAGUUUGUGGACGUGAUGGGAGGUCUGAACGGCGACAUGUUUAAUUACUACAAGAUGCUGAUGCUGCAGGGACUGAUCGCUGCUCGCAAACACAUGGACAGGGUGGUCCAGGUCGUGGAGAUCAUGCAGCAAGGCUCGCAGCUGCCAUGCUUCCACGGCUCCAGCACCAUACGCAACCUCAAGGAACGGUUCCACAUGAACAUGACGGAGGAACAGCUCCAGGUCCUGGUGGAUCAGAUGGUGGACGGCAGCAUGAGAUCCAUUACCACCAAGCUCUACGACGGCUUCCAGUACCUGACCAACGGCAUCAUGUGAGCGGGGGGCCGCCGUCUGACCGGGACGGCUUACCCCCUGCUCCGGCGCAGAGACUCGGAAGGACACGCUCUCACCAAACUUUAUUUUCAUGACAGAUGGCAGAGAAGGGACAAUUUGUGGCCCCGUGGAGACAUUUCUAACCAUUUGGGGCUUCGCGGGGCUGACCUCAUGGGGUCAAAGCCCCUCAUUCAGUAUUUCCGCUAAAAUCAGUGUUCAGCGCGUCCAAAAAAACUCUCCCCACCGGACAGGUUUUUGUUUUUUUAUCCUCUGCCCUUGGUCGGAGAGGCACAAUUAUUCCCGCUCGUGGAUCUCUCCAUUUGCGUUAAGAGAUUGCAAGUUGAAUUUGGGGUCCAGGAGAUGGAGGGGCUGCGCGACUGUCUGCUACAUGGGUGGCCACCUGGAGAACGAGCCGCGGGGUUCUGCGGCCAUUAAAAACUGUCCAUUAAUACCCCUACUUUAUUGCCCCCUCCAUUACUUUCCCUGCUAGCCAGUGUAUCACUUGUUCACUUCUCU